UCUAUUAUAACUUCUUCCUAAUACUUUUGGUAUCGAAAAUGAGUAAUAAACUGGUUUUGUAUAACCUAGAUAUAAGUCCACCGGUACGUUCCGUGAAAAUAAUUGCGAAAUUACUCGGUCUGGAACUUGAAAUUCGUGAUAUAGAUAUGUUGGGCAGUGAACAUUUGAAAGAACCUUUCAUAAAGAUCAACCCGGAACAUACAGUUCCAACAUUGGUCGAUAAUGGCUUUGUUAUUUGGGAGAGUCAUGCGAUUUGCGCAUAUCUAGUGGAUAAAUACGCAAAAGAUGACUCGCUUUAUCCGAAAGACUUGCAAUUGCGCGCCAGGUGUAAUCAACGACUGUUCUUCGACGGAUCUAGUUUGUAUAUGCGAUUGCGCGAUUGUUCGUAUUAUAUUUACCUCGGAGGCAAGGAAUUACCACCACAGGAUAAAAUCGAUCCAAUUUACGCUGUUUAUGAAAUUUUGGACGCAUUUUUGGCAUCUGACCCGUUUUUGGUGGGUGAAAAUCUAACGAUCGCUGAUAUUUGUGCUGCUGUGACCGUACUUCCGCUCGAAAUCUAUGCACCACUGAAAGCCGAUAAACAUCGCAACAUUUCCGCUUGGUUGAACCGCGUUAGACAAACCAUACCAUUCUUUGAUGAAAUGAAUGUGGAAAUUGUCAAAAGGUACCGAGAAUGGUUGAUGGGUAUUAUAGAAAAGAAUAAGCAAAAUGCUUAGAUGUGAUUCGA